AUGAUUAAACUAUUAUGUUUUACACCGAAUAUGUAUACAAUCAAAUUUCGUCGUAUAGCAAUUCAGCUUGCAGAAUAUGAAUCAAUUGAACAAAGCGAAUCAUUUCGAUUAGUAUCUGAUACUAAUAAUAUAAAAAAUAUGACACUCGAAAGACGUUGUACAUUACGACAAAUUCAGUUACUGAUUGCUUUAUGUCCUCGUCUAGAAUCUUUCACAACUGAAAUGAAUAGAAAAGAAUUUUUGUCAAUUAUACGAUUUUUAUUAUCAGAAAACAACGCCAAUACUCGUCAUUUAUAUUUUUCAUAUGUUUUAAAUGCAUCUGAGAUAUCCUUACGAGAAUUGCAGAGAUUCAUUAAAUUAGAAGGAUUAUUUGAUGAUUAUAAAAUUGAUUAUAUCAAUUAG